AUGUCGUACAAUUACAUGUUCAAAUUCAUAAUUGUGGGAGAAACUGGAGUUGGAAAAACUUGCCUGCUUUACCAAUUGACAUCGGCGCGGUUCAAACCGGUUUACGAGGUCACAAUCGGAGCUGAAUUCGGAUCCAGAACGAUCACCGUCGACCGGAAGCCAAUUAAGCUGCAAAUAUGGGACACGGCGGGACAGGAAAAGUUCCGAUCACUCACGAGAUGUUUUUACAGAGGCGCUGUUGGGGCUUUGCUAGUUUACGAUGUGACUAAGAGGCAUACUUUCCAGCAGCUCUCGAAUUGGCUCGAGGAUUUACAAAAACACGGCGAUGAGAAAUUGACAGUAAUGGUGGUGGGGAACAAGUGCGAUCUCGACGAAGAAACUAGGGCUGUUAGUAAAGAGGAAGGAGAGGAAUUCGCGGAGAAGAAUGAGUGUUUGUUCAUGGAAGUUUCUGCUAGAACGGCAAAGAAUGUGGAGGUGGCGUUCAGUAUCGCGGUGGAGGAAAUAUGUGGGAAGAUCGGAAAUGGGGAUUUUGGGACGCUGGAGGGAUAUAAGGGAAUUACAAUUGGGAAUUCGAGAGGAAAAAGUAAAAGAUUUUACUCAUGUUGUGGUUGA